UCAUCUCUUCCAUUUUCCCUCCAAAAUCCAAAGCUAUACUUUCCCUACUUCUCUCUAUUAAUUUCUUCAACCCUACUGAACUCCAUUGGAGAUCAACGCACAAUUAUCACUUCCUUGGAAAAAAGGGAAAAUUGUGGUUAGGGAUACGAAGACUACAUUCAUCAACUCAUACUGUUGCGAACUGCUGCUGCAAUUUAACACGUCAAGAAUACGGCUCAUAUCCUUGGAAACUUUACAGGGCAUCCGAAGAAGCCACCAAAUUUUCGGUCAAGUGAAGAUACAUGUUGUGGCAUGAAAAUGGAACUGUCAUUUGAGUUCUAUCGUCAUCUGGGUUUUUGAUCCUGAUAACUAUUCUGCACAGGACUGUUUGUGCUCGUAUUUGUUUUUACUAGAGAAUUUCUUUGUAUUGUUGCUCUAGAAAUUUAUCUUAUGAGGACUUUAUAGACAAGGAAAGUUCCCCUCUUUUUUCUUUUUCUUUUUUACUUUUUUUUUGUGGUUGUUGGGGGUAUUGGAAAGGUUUCUCUUGAAGCCUAGGCCUGAAGAUGGAAAUAGAAAAAUCACUACCUUAUGGUGAAGGAGGAGCAGAUGCAAUAUUAAAUGUUCAACCUAAUACUUCAAUCUCUAUCGCUUAUCACCAGCUCUUUGGUCCUCAUGAUGAUUUAAUGCUUCUUGAGCUUGAUGAGAAGCUUUUACCUGAUAUCCUCAAUCAAAGAGUAACAAUAAGAGGGCAGCCAGAUGAGGAUGCAGUUCUUUGUAGUCAGACAAAAACUUAUGCCAUUAAAUUUGUUGGAACUUCUAAUUCUCUAUUCCUUAUACCCCCUUCCAACCUAUCGAUCGCACUUGGAGCUUCGCCAAACUCAAGUGAAAAGGAUCAUGACAAUGCGAUGGUUGCUUCUGUAAUCAAAGUAGUACCUGGCAGUAUGGAACUUGUCGAGGUUGCUCCUAGAUUGGACAAACUCAAAUUGCUUCUUUCAGAAAACCCUUAUAGUUUUGAUGAAGUGUCACAAAUGAAUACUGAAUUGACUCACAAAAACAAGGGCUUGUAUUCAUGGAGUGAUCUUGUUGAGAAGGUGCAAGCCAGUGACGAGGAACUGUGCACAGGGUUGCGAGCUCUUGCAGCAGUAGAGAUAGAUGGAUUUUGGCGAAGUUUAGAUGAGAACUUUGUGGAUGCGAUUCUGAACAUGCUUUUGCAUAAUGCAGUGCUGAAUGACUGGCUUUUAAGUGCUCUAAACGAAGAUGAAGUUUUGCCUGUGCUAGAGGCAGAUGGAUUUCCUCGUGAAAUAGUAAAGCACUGUUUGGGAGUUUAUGGAAGUAAGGUGGAUGAUGAGAUUAGAGGAGGCUGCACAUGGAGGUUGGAAGAAAGGCCAGUUUGCGUGCAUUUUGCUAGAGUAAUCUUAAGAGGGGAAAAAAUGAAACUUGAAAGAUUUAUGGAGGAGUGGAGAAAGAAAGUUCCAGAAGGGAUGAAUGCAAGUUUUGAUGUGCUAGAAGGAGAAGUCUUGACCGAAAAGAUCGGGAUAGAGACUCGGAUUUAUGCUUUUAGUGUUUCUUCACUGUCAUCAGUGCCUGCUGAACGGUUUUCCAAACUAUUCCAGGAGAAGCCAAAGUGGGAAUGGAAAGAACUGCAGCCAUUUGUCAGGGAUCUGAAGGUACCAGGACUUUCUUCAGAAGGUUUACUACUCAAGUACACUAGAAGAAGUCAACCAAGUGCGGAUGCUGAACCAAUUUUCAGUGCAAGAUAAUAUUUCUCGUACAUGUUCCACAAUUUGGAUGUCUUACUAGACUUGUAAAGAGGAAGGAGAUCAUGUAAUGUAAACUUGAUUUUGGAAUCUGUUAACAAGUUCACUGUGUAGUUGCUUUGCCUCUGCAAUCAUUUUGGGGUAAUACUCGUCUUGCUUGUUUUAAUACAUGUAACAGCUCCUUGGUCUAUUUACCACAAACACUGGGUAAACACUGGGUAUGUUGUUGUAGUAAGAACAGAUUAAAACUAUUGAGUUGCAUCUUGUGUUUUGGAGCUCGUUUAUUUAUCAGUACUAAUUUGUAUAUUAUGCCAAAGUUGACAUUUAUAUUUAA